AUGGCUUUAGCAAUGCUGACAGUGCUUCUCCCAAGGUCUUUCCACCAAAAAAGCGCCCGCGUUGUCUGGACUGUCUCUGGCAAUGCCCACGUGAACAGUGCUUGGUCAGUAUUUUGUGCAGCUCUGGCUCUUCAUUCUUUGCGGGUAUGGUCGAUUGAGUGGUGGCAAAUAGGCUUUCGGGGAAUGAUUGCUUUGGCUUUGAGGCACCUUAUAGCCGUGGCUUGUGGCCUGCCAUGCCUUCGCAACAUCGUGCAGCGAGAAGUGCGCAAGGAACUUGCAUCAGUCGAGAGCAAAAUGCAUGGACAGGGAGAUUCGCAGGCUUUGGUCAAGCUGCCGCAAGAAGCCUGGUCCUGCAGCCGAAUUUGGCAACAGAUUCAGCGUUUUCAAGCAGCGGAGGCAUCCGUAUAUGUUGGCAUUGCCAAGAAGUGGGCUGGCAUAUAUCAUGCUCCAGAAGGUGACUUGGUGAAUUUGCAAAACAAGGUCUGGAGCCUCUACAACUGCUCCAACACUCUUUAUGAAGGGGUCUUCCCCUCUGUCCGCAAGUUUGAAGCGGAACUGAUCAGUUGGAUUCUUCAUAUGUUGCAUGCAGGCACAUCAAGCUGUGGCCUUCUUACAUCGGGUGGCACAGAGUCAGUUUUGUUGGCUGCUUUGGCUUAUCGAGAACUAGGGCACCGUAGGGGGAUAGCAACCCCACGCAUCCUGGCCGCCAAUACGUGCCACCCUUGCAUUGUCAAAGCGUGCCACUACUUCGGACUGAAACUCACAAAGAUCCCCGUCCAUGCAUCUUCAGGCUUUGCACUCACUGCUGCUGCCGUUAAGUCUCACAUAACAGGCGAUGUUAUUUGCAUCUAUGCUUCAGCCCCUAGCUUUCCACAUGGCGUCAUAGAUCAGAUCGAAGACCUCGGGCAAUUGGCAAGCUCCCAUGGCAUCGGUCUCCAUGUGGACAAUUGCCUUGGUGGAAUUCUUCUCUCCUUUUUGGACGCUCAAGAUUUGCCAACACAUCAGCGGUGGGAUUUUCGCGCAGAAGGAGUGACUUCCAUCAGUGUGGAUGUGCACAAGUAUGGCAAUGCCUCCAAGGGUGUGAGUGUGGUGUGCUUUCGAGAUCCGGAGCUCAGGCGAUUGACGUAUGUGCCAGUGACCGACGGCUGUGAGGGCUUGUAUGUCACACCAACGAUGCAAGGCGCACGCGGAGGUGCUAUUAUUGCUCAGGCAUGGGCCACCAUGCUUAGCUUUGGGAACCACGGCUAUGAGCGCUUUGCGGCUGAGAUCCACAGGUCCCACUUGAGAUGCCAGGAGAUUGUCAACAGCAUCCCUGGGCUGUUUGUGCUAUGCAAGUGCCAUGCAUGCAUUGUUCCAGUGGGUUCAAAAAAGUAUGACAUCUAUGCCGUGGCUUCGGUGUUGGAGGAAAAGGGUUGGAACCUAGCAACUGGGCAGAAUCCACCUUAUUUAGGCAUUUGUAUCGGGGAGCGUCAUUCCCAAAUCCUUGAUGAAUUUGAGCAAGACCUGCGGUCUGCCAUCGCGUAUUUGGACGAGAAUCCUGGCCACAAGCCUACAGGGGCAGCUGCAGUGUAUGGUGCCAUGUCGACCACUCCGACAGCUAUUCUGGAAGAGGUUGUGAAGAGAUAUGUGGACAUGCGCCUGUGGGUCAAGCCGCUUCAGGUUGAUACGGAUCUUUAA